GAAAGGCAAGCUCUACGUGCGAAAUCAUGCGCCCGUUCCGGCCAUUGAGACGUCUGCAGAUCAUAUGAUCACCUUCGUGUCGGAGCAGGAGGAGGAGCUGGAUCUAACGCUGUGCCAGCUCCAAGGGCGCUUUCCACGCCACCGGAUCACCUCUGUCCUCCAAUGCACUGGAAACAGGGCAGCUGACAACAUCGCCGCAAAUGGUUAUGGCACCAGUGGCUUUGUGGGCGGAGACAGUGAACAUAUUGGCGCAGGGAUGCUUGGAAAUGCAUCAUGGUCCGGCUAUCGGCUGGAUGAUGUUUUGC